GGACUUGGUAUAUAUACUUGUGCGUGUAAGAAUGCGUCUGAAUGUCUAGUGACAUUCUCGCGCGCACAUGCCAAGGGGUGCCUUGCGGUGUCUGGGAGAAAAUCACAAUGCUGCACCGCGUCGUGUUCGUUACGUAAGCAUACCAAACAACAACAGGCGACAAGGUGAAAAAAUUUCAGCUUGAAUGGAGGCGGCGCUGCUGAACGAGUACCAGAUCGCGCACCUUGUGUAUCACAGGGACUCGAAACAGCACCGCUCGUCGCUGUGGUGGAAGCAUUUCAACAUCUUCCACCGGCGACUGCGGACGGUGUUGCAGCUUUGCAUCGACAUCGACGAGAUCACCGGUAAGAGACAGCUCUCCUCGCUGAGGUUCACGAGGUCGCAUUUCCCCAAAUUCCAGAAGCGCACCCUGAGCGCCACACAGGCGGCGCAGCUGGUGCAGCGAAAAAAACAGCAGCUCCAGACUUUGAUUAAUUAUUUGCUGCAACGCAUUCUGCCCGCUUGCUACUACAGAUUCUACGCCGUGAUCGAGCUGGGCCAGUAUCUGGCUCUUGGCUUUACGCUGAUGGGCCUAGUCGCCAAGACCCGUGCAAUUCUGCUGCAGAUGCGCUCUGUGCCGGCCCCGGAGCCAGAUCCUGAGCCGCAGCUCUUGCAGGAGGAAGAGCUUCGAGGAGCCGAGGAAUGA